AUGGCAACUCAUGAGUUUCAAGUGGAGUCCCACAUUUCUUCGAAGCAGCUGAAUAAUCAAUCGGUAUCGCUAAUUAUUCCUCGGUUGACAAGAGACAAAAUUCACAAUUCAAUGUACUAUAAAGUCAAUUUGAGCAACGAAUCGUUGAGAGGUAACACAAUGCUGGAGCUCCUUAAAGUUAUUAUCGACGCACUUGGUACUUUGAGGGGUCAAGAUGGCCAUUUGAACAUGGCUGUUCUCGGUGGUGUAGAAUUCAAGUGCAUCUUGAUGAAAUUAGUGGAAAUUAGACCUAAUUUGAAGCAGUUAGCCUUCUUAUUGGAUGUGAAAAAUGUAAAAGAUUUCAAUUCGAAAUACAUUAUCGCUUUGGUGCUGGUUUAUGCGCGGUUACAGUACUAUUAUUUAAAUGACCAAAACAAAAACAAUAGUUAUGAAAAUGAUUUGAUACAAUUAUUUAAAGUACAAUUAUACAAAUAUUCACAGCAGUUUUUCAAACUGAAAAGUUUCCCACUACAGGUAGAUUGCUUUGCUCACUCUCAGAACGAAGGACUUUGUAUAGUACAUGUUGAUGAAUUAGUCGAUUGGCUGGUCACUCAAGAUCACAUUUGGGGUAUUCCUUUAGGCAAAUGCCAAUGGAGUAAAAUAUACGAUUCAGAAGAAGAAAGUAGUUCAAGUGAAAGUGAAGAUGACAGUGACAGUUGUGAAGAAUCAUAG